AUGGUCCACUACCUUCGUCGCCUUCCUGUAAUUCGAGCGUUGAUCCCUCGUGUGUCUCAACCCCUUCUUCCGCUGACUACUCGGCUUGCCGCAAGCCAAGUCACGCGAGGUAUAGGCCUUCCGCAAGUCCGUCUCUUCCAACAUUUCCCCGCACGCCUCACCUCCACUCCACCACACUCUCCCUCCUCUUCAGCUCCAGAUGACCCGAAUUCAAGUGGUCUACCUCCGAAUGCGACCGUCUCUCAACGGCUGAAGCACCUCAUCAAGACGUACGGGUGGUACGCGCUCGGUGUCUACAUCAUCUUCUCCGUUGCAGACUUCGGCGUCGCAUUCGCCGUUAUCAACAUUGUCGGAGCAGAACAGGUCUCGCGCGUCGCUGCGUCCGUAAAAGACUACUUCGGCGGUUUCCUGCCCUCAAAACAUCCAGAACCAGGCAGGGAGGAGACGGACAGUGUCAUGGCGAACGCUAAUACGGUCGGGCAUGAGGGGCUGUACGCAAUGAUCGUGUUGGCGUACACGAUUCACAAAACGUUGUUCCUACCCGUGCGAGUAGGACUCACCGCGGCACUGACACCCAGAUUGGUGGGUUGGCUGAGGCAAAGAGGUUGGGCGGGAGGUGCAGGUGCCAAGCGCGCUGCGAGAGAGAUGAGGGAGAAAAUCAGGAGCGGGAGAGAGCGAGACUGA